UUUCAAUUUUUAUUCGAUAAUUUCUACAAUUUACUUUCUUUAUUUAUAUUUAUUCUAUAAAUUCACUUUUACAAUAUAUUUAAAAAUCUUGUAUUCAUUGAUCGUUAGUUUUUCAUACUUUUUCGUUCUUUUCAUUAAAAACUCUGUUACGCUUGCUCCAUCUCUAUCGCUCUAUCAAAGAAAUCAGUUGAUGGUAGUAUACCGACUGCAGAUAUAUAUAUAAUCCUUAUAUUCCUAUAGCAUAAAAAUGUACGACAAUACCAGCUAUCGAUAAAAUAUCAGCGAAAACUGUAUCUUAUCAAUUUAAAAGUAAUUUAUCGCUUUAAAAUUCAUUUUUUCAUUUCGAACGUGACAUAUACUUAUCGCUUAUCGUAACACGAUAAUCGAUUGAUUAAAAUUGAUCGUAAAUACGAUAAAAAUGAUAUUUAACUGAUCGCAUACUGCGCAAUCCAAUUCAAAUAUUGCGUCACAGUGCGAUUUAUUGAGUAUUAAACAAUUAUUAGAGAUUUCUUAUACGUCGGUUAAUCACUUCAUCGACACUGGGGCGAAAUUAUAUACGUCUCAAGGUUUACCGAGCGUCAACGCGCAAUAUAAUCGAAUCGAAUCGAAAGUUUCGAACAGAACAAUAGGCCGAGAAUAGUAACUGCUAAUUUCUAAUUAUAUCAUGAGAGAGAAGCUGACUGUUUCAACGUGGUUUGCACGUGCAACUAUUCGAUAUAUAUUCGCGUUUCGGCGCGAUGCAAUUUGCCGUGGCGACCUUGAGAGGGCGGAAGGAAGCAGAUUUUUGCGGGAAGGAGGGUCGAGGACGGGCCAGGAAGCAAGUCGAUGCUCGUUAGGUCGGUUGCGGAUCCUUUUCUAUAGGGAUGGAGAGAUUCCUGCGCGUUGACGUGUUAUACUAUAUGGAGAGAAGCAACGUAUACGUGCGAUCCAGCAGGAACCGCCGCCAGAAAAUCAAUCCAGAACGUCAUACUGUCGUGUGUAUCAACAUUGGAAAAUCAAUGGUAACCCGUGACGUAGGAGUCCCGCCUCAGAAUCGACCAAUAGGCUUGCUUUCUCGUCCCCACCUUGCCAAUCUUUUACACCUACCCACACGAGCAUCGGCGUGCUCAUUCCGUAGCAGACUGCUGCAUCGACCGGACGCGCGUGAUCGAGAACGUUGUUGAAAAGGCAGCACGCCGAGCUACCGUUAAAAAAAAGCGACGAAGCUAAUCCUAUCCGUGAAAGCACACGACGUGUAUGCAGUUUUCCAGUCGACACAGCAACCAGCAGCGAUUGGAACACGAUCGGCAACAAGCGACGACUGACAAUUUCCAUAAUAGCAGUGACACGUCGUUGUUGUCGUCGGCGGCAUCUAUUCAAAUCGGUAGAAAAACCGAUUGAAACUGUACGCAAUCAAUUUCGGAUCCGUUCGAUUCGAAGGGGAUACACGUAAUCGAGGAUAAAAUCGAAGGAUACGGUUCGCGAAAGAACGAAAAAAAAUAUUUUCUCGGUCGUUUUAAUUCCGUAAAUUCCCGCUAGAGAGAAGAAAUCCUCUUGUUGCAUUUGGUGAAGCGAGACCGCCGAGUGUUUCGACGGAAUCUUUUGGGAAAACUGUCGACGAUUGCCGAAAUCCAGGAGCUGUGCGAUUUGAACUUUCUAGAAAGACGGAGCGAGAAAGACAGAGGCUAGGUGUAGAGCUAGGUGAGAGAAAAGGAAGGAAACUUGCCGCGGGAUAGAGGGAACGAGUGUGCUCGCUCACCGAGUGCCGGCUAUCGAGAUGGCGUUUAUGAUGCCCGUUAUGAAAAACGAGUGGGACAUUUACAAGACCAACCGCAGUCGGCGAUCUUCCGAGUGUUCCAAUCCUCAGGCCUGUCGCAGUAGAAAGGUGUCAGAAUGUUCAAAAUCGGAGGGUCCGUCGUUGUCUACUUCACCGGGGUCGGACUUCUUGACAUCGCCCGCUCAUCGCUCGGUCCCUCUCACGUCCCGCCAUUUCUCGAGGACGUCCUCGAGGGCGUCCCAGAACUCGUUGCAAAGCCCGAGCAAGAGUACCGGCUCGUCCCCACCGAAAACCGGGAGCUCCAACUCCCUGAACAAGUUUCACAACCGUUUGGUGGACAAGCUGAAAAGGUCGCUGAAGAAGGCUGAGGACACAACGGAGGAUCAGAGAAAUUUGUCGUGAAACAAUCAAGGGGUUUUGGGCCGGCCACCGAUUCCCGGCUCGAAACCGAUCGAGAUAAGGCGCACCUCUGCACCCGUUACCGCGUCCGCGACUAUCUACGAGGGGGUUGUACGAUCCUGCCCGGAUCAAUCGUCUUCGGCAUGGUAGAGCACACAGAGAAACCGACAAUACACGUAGCUGGCAACAACGGCAGGAUCGGAUCAAAAUAAUCCCCCUUCGAUUCGUUCACGGGUAACAACAACAACACCAACACCGAUAACAACAACAACAACGACGACGACGACGAGGAGGACGAGGACGAGAACGAUCGAUCGAUUUUUGCGCGUGAAACCAUGCUCGAGAAACUCGUGACGUGACUCGAUUUCGAAGAGAGGAGGAGCGCGGGAGAAAGUGGCGCGAUCUUGCGGGAGAAGAGGAGAACUUCGAUCGCGGGAGAAGAAGAAGAACUGUUGGGAAAGGAGAUCGAGCGGACAAUGAGCGGCCGAAGAUGGCGCGAAGAAAGAUUUUCGUGGAUGAUGUUCCUACCAGCCGAAUCCUCCGGUACCUGUACGUUUCUAACCGCUCUCUUCUGCGUUUCUUUUUGUACAGGCAAUUUACAGCGAGAAACUGUAGAAACGAGAUUUUUUUAUUUCCUUCAUUUUUUUUCUUUUUUUUUUUUUACCCCCCCUUGUUCGCAAGAAGAUCGGAAGAAGAUCUCUGGAUGAACGAGCCACGAACGUCGCGAGAUUUAACUUUCUUAUUUUCGAUUUGAAAUUGAUUAUUGUUCCGAAUGACGAAAUGAACGGAAUUCUUAUUGUGGAUAAUUGUUUAGGAUGACGAAGAUAUAGAGAAAGAGAGAGAAAGAGAUAGAGGAGAAGGAGAAAGAAGGAGGAGGAGGAGGAGGAGGAGAGAAAGAUAUGCGGAAGAGAGCGAGGGGAUUAGUAAACGAAUUAGAAACGAGCCUCCGUCCAGUUAACGCGGAAGCUCCUUUAUUAAAGGAAAGGACGAGGAAAGGACAACGAGGAAGUGGAAAAACGAGCGACGAGAGAGAGAUCCAACGAAAGAGGUACAUAAUCACGAAUGGAAUUCCUCGUUAUCGACGUUUACAUCGAUACUGGCGCGUUACGUUCAACUGCGUUUCUAUUCUCGCUAUCGUUUCGCGUUCGUUUUCGCGCGCGUAUAUCAAUUAACGGAAGAUUCGUGGCCAGUCGAUAAAUGGAUCUUAGAUGUCCAGAUCUAAGAGAAAAAGGGAAAAAAAAGAAAAAAAAAAAAAGAAAGUUAGUUCCUUCACACGCGUAAAUAUAUGUCGCGCGCAUCGAACCUCGGGAACGACUUGACCAUUCACUUUCUGCUGUUUCAAAAAUUUGCUCUUUCCAAGAAACAAUAUAACAAAAAUUGAUCGUUUCUUAUUCUGUUUUUUCUCUCUCUCUCUCUUUUUUUUUUCUUUUUCAUUUACGUAAGUCACAAUAUAAUUGAACGUAGAAUUCUAGAAUUCCGUCACGUAUAAUUUAUUUUUAGAAUAGUUUCGUUAUUUUUACCCGUUUUUUCCUCUCUCUUUUAAUUAAUUAAUUAAUUAAUUAAUUAAUACGUUUAUAUCGUACAAACUCGAUUAUCUUAAUGUGGUAAAAAUAUGUUUUUGAAACAUUAGGACAAGCAGAAAAAUGGGGUGACUAAGCGAGGCGUAACACACGCGUCCAAGUCAAAGGAGUUCCCCGGUUAAAGGGUCUCGCAUACGACAACCAGAAACGCUUGUUUUCAUCGUUAAAGAUUACUUGCUGCCUCCAAUGGGGAAUAUGCGUGCGUGUACGCGAAAGCUGCGAAGGGAUAUUAUAUAUAUAUAUAUAUAUGUAUGUAUGUAUGUAUGUAUAUGUGUAUACACAUAUAUAUAUACAUAUAUAUACGAGAUGCGCGUUACAUUAUACACAUACAAUUAUAAUUAGACGAGCUAGAGGAAAAGAAAAGGAGCCUAAGAAAAGACUUACUUAUUUUAAAUCGCGUAUCGUUCGAGCGAGAUUAUCUGUACUUACACGCGUAUAAAUAUUUAUUUCAAGCUUUCGUUGUAAAUUCCGUCUCGCGUACAAUUGGAUAAACACGGUAUGCAAAUACGUCUUCGAAACGAUACGCGAGCAUCUUUUACCAACCCUUAUAUCAACUUUUUAUCUUCGUAAAUUGUUGCAUGCUUGUUAUUUGUUAAAAGAGGAGGGAAAAAAAGAAAUACUAGUCCUCUCUUUUCUAGAUUGUAUAUAUCGUUCUUUUUGAUAUUUUUUUUUUUUAUCGAGAAAAUUCGUUCGAAAAUUCGUUCUCGACUCGAAAAUUUUUGUUCCCCCUUAUCAAUUAGGCAUCGGGUACGUUAUCGUUUCGAGGUGAACGUAUUCGCAGAUGCCCACGAUGCCCUUCGUUCCGCUGUAUUAUAUAAAGAUGUCUUUUUUUUUUUUUUUUCUCUCCAAAUCGAUCCUCGCAGCUUUUAUCGAAAUGUAUGAUAGCGUUUUCCCUGUGUCCCGCGUUUGAGGUACCGGAUUUUGCUGUUUUUCAAUUAAUCGUUACGAAGCGUUUGUUAAAUUCUUUUAUAGUAUAUUAUAUUACUUCCGUCGAGAUAUGCGGUCAAGUUUGUUAUUCGUUAUAUAUACGUUAUUAAUCGAGCGAUCAUUUUUUGAGAAACGAGGAAAGUGAAAACGAAAAAGGAAAAAAAGAAAAAAAAAAAGAAAAAAAAAAAGAAAAAACGAAAACGAAAAAAAAAGUGACGCAAAUUGGACGCAGCACGAAACGUCUCUGUUGAGGACAUCGAACGUGAAAUCGUAGAGGACGUGAUAUCUUGUGUGCAAUCGUGCAAGUAGAAGAAGAAUCAAUCGACUCUUUUCCUUUCUUUCAGUUUAAAUAUUUUCAUAAGCGAAAAGUAAAAAAUUGAAAAAGAAAGUUUAAAACCAAAGAGAAUUUAUGAUUUCGUAUGAUUCGUGAUAUUGUUUUUCGAGGGGGAGGAAUUUUGCGAAGCAAAAUAUCGGACUCGUCUUAUUAAUUCGACAGUAUUAAAUUAAACGUAAGAUUUUAAAAGUAUUUUUUUUUCCUUUUUUUUUCUUUCUUUUUUUUUUUUUCGUAUUUUUAAUUCAAGCGUAUAAUGUAUGAUGACAUCGUCUGCGUCCAUUCUAGCCGCAAUUUUCAAUUUUUAACGAGACGAUUACGCGCUUUCCUUAUCGUUUUGCAAAAUUACGAAGUGGGAGCAAUUAUACGAUACCGCGUGUAACUCUGUGAUACCGUAAGCUAUAAGGUAGAAUUAUUUUGCAACGAUCAUAUAUAAAGAAAAACGACAAAAAAAAGAAGAAGAAAAAGAAGAAGAAGAAGAAGAAGAAGAAAAUAUGGAGGGAGGAGUUGGGGAAAUGUUAUUGUUACUAAUGAAAAUUCGUACGAACGCUUCGGUUCUCCGUCAAUCAAAUGCGCGUCUUUUUUGGCAGCGAGGGCGACAACUUCUUUCUUCGUUCAGCAAUAAUCGAACGAGAACAACGAAAGAAUUUGAUUUUAUCUUGUAACUCUCGAUCGAACAUUUUGGAUCUAUCGCUGUUCUGUAAUAGUAGAUAGAUAUAGAGAGAUAUACGAUUAAAAAAAAAAAAACCCCUAUACAUACGCGAUUAGCUACGGUCCAAGAAAGAAAUUAGAAAAUUUCAAAAUUCCCGCCAAAUCGAUAGAACCGCAUUGACCUAAAACGGAUGACAAUAAAUUUUUAUUCCAUCUAAUAAUUGGAUCGACACCGUUUUUCUUAUCACUGCUACGUUAUUUUAUUACCGAUUAUCUCUUUAAUUAAUCUCUAAUUUCCAACAAUACGACUCGAACCUUCGUGUGUCAAAGGGGACUGUGCAACUAAACACUGUGAAUACGGGGUUCUCGCUUCUGCUUCUAAAUUUUUAAAAAUUAUUCAAGCGAUCAAUCUUCAAAAAGACGAUGAUAAUUCGUGCCGCGAAUAUUGUCUCUCUCUCUCUGUUUAACUGUGAAAAAAGAAAAAAGAAAAACGAGGCGAACGA